CGGUCAGUUCAUAGUGGAGUAUUGAUCAUACAGAAAUAGCAUUUACAGCCUCGAAAGAAGACAAAGAUGAAAGUCAUUGACCAUUUUGCCAGUAUGUCAUAGAUUUCGACCGAGGAUCGUUCUGAAGACCAAGAAGAAUUCUGCUCUAAAAUUGAGAAAUGUUUUUUAAAGAUUACCCGGAGAAUGAAUGUGGACGCACAUUUUCACGAUGGUUACAGUUUUGACAGUAUAUUGCAUCUGAGGACAACUGCAUGAAACAACCUACUGUCAAAGGAAUCUUGAUUUAGCUGUCUUGUAAAUCUCUCGAUAAUUUAGGUGUACGAACACUUAAGAAAGAACUGAAUCCGUAACAUCAAUCCUUUUUCUCAGCAUGCUUUAAAAUUACACGGGGAUGACGGUCAGGCAAACAGCAUUUGGAUUCUCUGGAAAUAAUAGCUCUCAGCUCGGUGACCAGUGUUAGCAGCUGUUGUCUCCAGUCUCAGUGUCCCUACUCCCCAUCGCUGGACGUCCUGCCCGGACCCUCACCAUGGAGAGCCUGAGCGAGCUGCAGAACCCGCUCUUGGACAAGAACAGCAAGCACGUCGUGAAGGGCGACUACGGCUACAAGGGCGACUUCCCCAACAACCAGUACCAGGAGAACAUUAUCAACUACUUUGUGACGGGGGGUGGGGGCAAGGCCAAAGCCCACCAGCUGCUGGACGCUACCUCUCUGCACCUGGCCGUGGAGGCCUUCUACAAACCCAACUUCAUCCUCUAUAAGGACGACGUCAGCGUCAAAGGCAAGGAUUACAAAAGCGAGUGUUGUGAGACCACGUUCACGGAGAACAAGGAGGCCACAUCCGAGUGCGGCACCACCGAAGACCCCCAAGCCAAGCUACUGGGGGAGAACGACGUGAAGAUCCAGACCGUGUCCUACGAGGUGGAGGAGGAGGAGUACCACGAAUAUGAGAGUGACUGUUCCAGUGACAGCGAGAGCGAGGACAACUUUAUCAUGGUCCCCCCACGAGACCACCUGGGCCUGGCUAUCUUCUCCAUGCUCUGCUGUUUUUGGCCCCUGGGCAUCGCCGCCUUCUACUUCUCUCAAGGGACGAGCAAAGCCAUCGCCAAAGGAGACUUCCCCCUAGCAAGCACCGCAUCGCGCAGGGCUCUGUUCCUCGCCGCCCUGUCCAUAACCAUUGGGACGGGAGUGUACGUGGGUGUGGUGGUGGCCCUCAUUGCCUACCUGUCCAAAUCUGGACACGUAUAGCAGAACGAAGGGCCUCGGCAGGGCGAUACCCCCUUGGCACUGUCUGAAUGGCCCUCCUCCCCAUCUCUGCUUGUCCAGUCGGCUUAGGGGGAGGAGGAGAGGGAGAGGGAAAUGGAGG